UUUCCACGCGUUUUCCCCUCGCGCGCCGCGCGUUUUGACGCCGAGCUAGAGUUUUUUCCUCGGUCACAAAAAAGCAGAGAAAAACUAGGUCACUCACACGCCGGCCGGACGGACCGUUUUCGAAGAUGCCGGCUAUCCGUGGCGUCUUUGCGGUUACUGUGAGUGUGCCCAAACUAACUAACUCGCGAACGGCGCCGGACGUGGGCUAGCGGCCUGUAAGACACUAGCAAGCGCACGCCCUGCAGCAGCGCAGCAUUUGCAGCGGUUGCAGCGGCAAGACAAGUGAUUAUCAAUCGCUUGCGCACUCGCAAGAACCUCAUUGUUGGAUUGCACGCAGCCUCUGACGAGUUUCGAGACUUGGGAGCUGGUGCUCUCCCAUAUUUUGCUCUCACAGCUCUCAGCACGUCAGCCGCAUGCAACGCCGCGAUACGAGCAUGCACGUAUCGCUGCUGCUCGCCGUAGCCGCAACCACAGCAGCCCUCGAGGUAGCCGUGGUCAGCCUCACGCCACCCACCGCGUCCGAGCACUACGGCGCCGCGGGUAAAGCCUGGCGCUGGAAGGUGGCCGUCAUGGGCGAGGACAUGGCGUUGCCGCGGCCGAAGACCGCGCUCGCCCUCGCCGAGAGCAUCGUCGAGCGCAGCGAGGGCGCCGUCCAGGAGGCCGCGACGCUGUCGACAUGUGCACGACUCCUCUUGAUAGUAGCCGGCAACGAAGACGCGGUCUCCGCGACGCGCGAAGCCUGCGCCGCACAGAUCGCGAGCUACCAGACGCGCCCGUUCGACGACUGGCGGCGGGCGCUCGACGCCGCGGGCGACGACAUCGUAAAAACGUCGCGCGCGGCGCCGACCGUCGACGACGACGACGAGCUAGGAGUCUUCGAAGCAGCAACUGGGGCCGAGGCCGGCGCAUGGCUCGCCAGAGUCGUCGCCGGCGCCGCGGACGGACCUACUGCAUUUGAUCCGUUUUCCAGCCGCAAAGCGCACGUGCUCAAGCAGGCCAAGCAGUGCCUGGAGAAGUGCCGCGCGGGGAAGACGGGCGCGGUCCGCGACGCGCUCGUGCGAUCGUUGGAAGCGGGCAAGCGCGCGCGCGACGCGAAGACUCCGGAGGUGUCCGCCCUGCGAGCGAGCCCUCGCGACGGCGGCGCGCGCACCGCUGCUUUUUCCGCCGCGCUAAAUCUAUCCGAGAAGGCCGGACUGCUCCUCGCGGAAGACGUCGCCCAGCGAAACUUGACGCCCGAGCGGCGCGCGGCUCUCGGGCAAGAGCGCGCCCGACAAGAUCGGGCAAAGGUAAGUUGAUAACACCUAGUUAAUAAGGAGCGGGAUC